AUGGAGCCUGCUCCGCCGCAGGGGAGCGCAGCCGCGGCUCGCUGUGGAAACUGUCCCACCGAGCUGAAUGGGAAAGCCGCGGCGGAUGCUUUCCUCCUGUUCCCAGUAUGGGGGCUUCUAGCUGCAGUCCUUGCAGCUUUUGCUAGCAUUUACUUCUUACUAUCUCCCAUUGAUCCAGAACCAUUCAUCUUUGAAAAGCCACCUCCUGCCUUAGUUGGAUCACUGCAAGUGAGUAAAAAGCUUCGGAAUGGACAAAGAACCUUCACAGGACAACGGAAAGGUCCUGAGUCUUUUGCUGCUGAUAAUGAAGGUAAUAUCUACACUAGUACUGUGGAUGGGAAACUCUGGAUGAUUAGUGGUGAUCAGCUGCAUUUCAUUACUCAAAUGGGGCUGGACUUGCCUGAAUGUGGAGCUCCAGACUAUGAGCCAACAUGUGGCCGGGUCCAUGGGGUGCGAAUGGAUCAGGAUGGUAACCUGAUUGUGGUGGAUUCUUAUUUAGGCCUGUACAAAGUCAAUCCAAAGACAGGAGAGAAAUCCCUCCUGUUGUCAAGUGAACAAGGUGUGGAUGGGCUGCCUUUCAAAUUCCUAAAUGGAUUAGAAAUAUCAAAGAAAAUUUUGAUUUAUUUUACAGAUUCAGGUAGCAAGUGGGGAAGAGAACAUCACAGAUACCAGGUAAUCAAAACAAACCAUCUUGAUUGCCUCUUGGUCUAUGACCCUGCAACAAGAACAGGAAGAACAGUGCUCAGUGGCUUCUACAUGGCAAAUGUGAUUGCACUGUCUCCUCAUGAAGAUUACAUAUUGAUAGCAGAAACCAGCAUGUGUAGAAUCAUACACUAUUGGGUGAGUGGAGCUAAUGCAGGAAAGAAAGCAGCUUUUGUGGACAACCUCUCUGGGUAUCCAGACAACAUCAGAUUAUCAAACACAGGUUUACACAGAGAAAUAUCUACUGUUCGCUUUCCCAGUUUCUUUUCUCCUUUUCUGGAUGCUUUAGGACCGCAUCCUUUCCUGAAGAGAUUCAUUGUAAAGGUGACUCUUUUAUCAUUCUACAGCAUUUUCCUUCACAAAUAUGGCUUGUUCUUGGACAUUAAUGACAAAGAAGACAUUGCGGCAAGCUUCCAUGACCCUGAUGGCAGCAUCACUUGGGCUGAGGAUGUGUUUGAGCACAAUGGGAAGGGGGAUCUAAGCAGUACAGAGCUGCCUUUCCUUGUGGUGCUACAGUAA